AUGGCAAUGUCUCUCAUCCAAGCGUGCCGCAGUCUGGCUCUCUCAACAUGGCUGCUUUCCUUUUGUUUCGUGCAUCUGCUGUGCCUGGACUUCACGGUGGCUGAGAAGGAGGAAUGGUACACCGCCUUCGUGAACAUCACCUACGCGGAGCCCGCGCCGGACCCCGGGCCCGGAGUGGCGGGCGGCGGCGGCACGGAGCUGCACACGGAGAAGACCGAGUGCGGGCGCUACGGGGAGCACUCGCCCAAGCAGGACGCCCGCGGGGAGGUGGUCAUGGCUAGCUCGGCCCACGACCGCCUCGCCUGCGACCCCAACACCAAGUUCGCCGCCCCGGCCCAUGGCAAGAACUGGAUAGCCCUCAUCCCCAAGGGCAACUGCACGUACAAGGAUAAGAUCCGGAACGCGUUCCUACAGAACGCCUCCGCGGUGGUCAUCUUCAACGUGGGCUCCAACACCAACGAGACCAUCACCAUGUCCCACGCAGAUCUGAUAACUCAGCUCUGCGCCGUGUGCAUCAGGUAUACUACUGAUGCGGGCGUUUCUGUGUCAGGCGGCCUGGCGUGCCAGUGCUUCCAUGGCAGGAACAACGACAACAAAAAGUCGUCUACAGCCUUGUCAACAUAA